AUAAAAAUUAUGUCAAAGGUACAACCAAAAAGGUGCGAGGGAAGACAAGAGGAGUGAAUGCAGAUAAGGUGUUCUCCCAAUUGAAUUCUAAAAUACCUGUGACUCUGACUGAAGAAAAUGGCAGACCUACGGGCCCUUAUGCUGAGAUGUUUGCAAAUGAAAUUGGUUACACAAUUCGAAACUACGCCCCACUGAAUGUGGAAAAAUGGAAGAAGAUUGAAAAAACAGAUGUGGAGAACUUUAUCAAAAGAAUGCAGGUUAGUGAUGAUUUGUUUUGCUAAAGGCAUUAUAUUGGUUGCUUUGAUUUGUUAUAUUUAGUUUGACAUGAAAUUAUGCCUGUGCAGAAUAAAUUUGAAUUUGAUAUGUCGCUCCCUUGGGUCCAGAGAUAUGUAAUUACAACAUGUCAGACCGUAUAUUGUAAUUUUUGCUAUAAGUUGAAGAAACAUUUUGAGCAGUUUUCAACAAUUGAGGAGGCAAUUGAAAACAAACAUGAAGCUGUCAAGACUCAGGAAGAAUGGGAGUUUCUUUGCACUCAUUUUUCUAGUGAAAAGUUUAAGAUUCGCUCAGAGAAGAAUGUUCUUAAUAGGUCAAAGUUGACAUAUCACCACAAAGCUGGGUCAAAAUCAUUUAUGUCACACCAAGAGCAAAUUGCAACACAGACUGAAGAGAUGCAAUGUGCAAUUGAUCGUUUUGAAACUGAGUAUAGAAGUACAAAAAAAGGAUGGGACUUGGGAGCAAAGGAAAAAUGGGAUCAAAUGAUAAAGAUGCGAGCAGAUACCACUCAACCUGAUGGAACUCGAACAAUGACAGAUGAGGAAAUUUGUGUAAAAGUUCUCAAAGUCAAAUCAGGCUACAUUAAGGGAUGUGGUUUUGGCCCUAGACCACCACCAUUAAGGUUCUCUCAUUCUUCGAUGAGUGAAAUGUCUGAAAAGAAUAAAGAGUUGCAAGAACAGCUUCAAGAGACCCAACAACUUGUAGGAACUCAACAACAGAAGAUCGAUGCGCAAAAUGAGGUAAUCCAAAGAUUGGAGGAGCAAGCCAAAAAGUUUGAGGAGUUUAUGGCUAAUUUUUCGAGGCAACAUCCAUCAGCUUAGUAUUCUUAGUGAACUUACACUUGGAGAAAUGUUUCUUUGAUCGUGUUGCAUUUGUUAUUGCUUUAGACUAGCAUUGUUACUUAUGGUAGUAACUUUCUUGCUUUAUUUAUUUUAAUUGUUUUGAUGUACUGUG